AUGACACCGCUGGGAACAGCAUUCUCAGCAAUUAAUUCAACUCAUAUAACAGACCUGGCAAAUCAGGUUGCUGCGUACAAUGCCAGAGGGAUUGAUGUGUUUAUACGUCUUGCUCCAGAGAUGAAUGGGAAUUGGUACCCGUGGGCCCUACGUCCUAUAGACUUUAUUCAACUGUGGAUUAAUGUUACUAAUGCUGUUAGAGCUGUCGCGCCAAGAACUGCGAUGGUUUUCGCUCCUCAAGCUUUACCAGAUGGCGCAUUCCCCGUCGAUGCCAGUGUCACGGGUGACAUAGAUCCAGCCAACUUGGAAGCGCUGGAUACAAACAAGAAUGGUGUCUAUGACACUGACGAUAAUCCCUAUACUCCAUGGUGGCCGGGCGCUCAAUAUGUUGAUUGGAUUGGAACAUCUCUCUACUACUUUGGGCCACAGUGCCUGAAAUGCCCUGGCAACCCGUACUACGGAGUGAACCAAGUGCCUCCAACAACAUACUUCGCCAACACACUACUCGGUGGCACGUAUCCAUUUUACGAUUGGGUGCAAAGCACCAACAAGCCUCUGUCCAUAUCCGAGUGGGGUGUUGCGCACUAUAACGCAUUCACACCUAAUGGCACAAACGGAACAUAUCUGCCAAUAACUGCUGGUGCAGCGGAAUUGCCACAGAAGCGAGGAUGGUGGUUGGAAGGUGUUGCUAAUACUGCUACAUAUGUCAAGUUUCCACUUAUCAAGAUGUUUGGCUUGUUUGAAUUCAGAAAAGUAGAAUCAGGCACCGCGCGAGAUUUUCAACUCUUAAACAUCUCCAACACGAACAAUAUUACACAGAAUUUCAUGGCGGAUUUGAAUAGCUCUGGUGUCGCAUACCAAUGGGCCAUAUACACACCUCCUCCACCCCCAGCGGCCAACUCAACAUCACCAGCAACAGUACCGCAAACCGGCAGUGCCUUGAAACCCUUGUCAACAGCUGGCGGCGUAAUCACCGCUCUGAUGACUGGACUACUAUUUACAUUCCCUUGA